AUGGUGGUGGAACAAAACAGGGAGCUCGACAGGAUAUUGAAGGUAGCCGAACGUUCUAAGAGGAUGGCCCGUGAUGUGGCUUCUAAGGUGAAAGAGCUUCAUUCGUCCCUCCAAACAAACUUUGAGGCGUGUCAAGAUUCAUUUAAGGAAGAUGAGGAUAAGGCCUAUGAUGAGAGCUUCAAAAAAUUUGAGCACGAUAGAGUAGAUCCCUAUGUUUGCGGGGUUAAUGUUCCUACCGUCUCCGAGCUUUACUCUAGGCAUGCUGUGACUAUUCCUGGUGGAUCUUUGGCUCAAACCGAUCCUCCUACUGUUGAAUCUCCUACAACAGAUGUUCUUGUUGCUGAUCAUUCCCCUACUGAUCUGUGUGCGGUGAUUUUUGCACGAUGA